CACACCUGACAUGGGACAAAGCUUCACCACUCCGCCUCACUGCGUUAUCUUAUCGCCUAUUUCACCUCACUACACCCAACUACAUCCCCGUCUCGUAACUUAACAGCUAACCGCUAUUAAACAACAGCUUAUCAUGGUACUUCGCACUUCAAGUCUCCUUACCAAAUCGUCCUCUCACCCUCCCCUCCCCUUCCCAGCUCUCUCCGCCCUCGCAUCCCGCUACCAGAAAGCAACCCAAUCUGCCCCUCCCCCCAUCCUCUCGCUCACCGGCCGCUACCUCGCCUUCCUGUACCACCUCAUCUCCACCCUUAUCGCCGCACCGCACUGCUACGCCGUCGUAGUCGUCGAUGCAGACUACCGCUUUGAUGUGACACGUAUCGUUGUCCGAAAUAGCAAUGAUAAUGGCAGCACUAGCGGUGCCUCGUUCCAAAAUCCGCAGUCAGACGACGGGAAGGUGAAAGUGAGCAGCUCUUACCCCGCCACCACGCAAGACCUGAAGCACCUCUACGUCUACCGCCCUGCCCGCUCACCGGCCGCUGUCAAGGCUGCGGUGUCGUCUGCAGCCGAAUACAUGUUGUACGCGGCGCACGGGAGUCGGGAUCGGGCCUGGUGGGGAACCGUUGUCAUCAACGGUACUGGGGGCGACGUGAAUGCGAUUUGGAAGGGCUGGCUUGAGGUCAGGCGGGAGGAGAUUGCUGGGUUCGGGGUGGGUAUGUGUGUGGAGGAGGCGCUUAAGGAGCGGGAGAAGAGGCAGGCUACUGCGGAUGCGCGUGGGUGGGAGGCGGUUGCGGCUGGGGGUAGAUUGGGGGUGUAUCGGUGGGAUGGGUGACGUUGGUCGGCGAUCCGAGGUCAUGGAAUGAGCUGUAUGGGAAUUUUUCAGACAAGGUCGUCGAGAUGUUUGAACACGGUAAGAUGGAACCCACGAGGGUUGCUGGGCACGUGGGCCAUAGUUAUGUUCAGUCAAUUCCAUGAUGUUGAUUCGAACGGCUAGCCGAUUCGCUGUAUGUAAGUAGCUCACUAAUAUCACUACUGAGAUGCCGAUCGCAGUGCAUAAUUACAAGUUUUUAGGAGUCCUGCGCU